AUGCCGCUGCUUGACGCCGGCGCAAAGGUGGAUUUUAACAACAAAACGUGGGGUACAAGCAGAGACUUUAUUGAAUACGAUGUUACACCGCUGUUUGCAGCGGUUGCACUGAACCACACAUUCGUGGUGGAGAUUCUUCUUGCCGAAGGCAAGGCCGACCCGGACAUACCCAACAGAGGCUCGAGAUACCCCAUCCACUGGGCAGUGCUGAAUGCGAACAAGGCCAUUGUGGACAUGCUUAUUGCAGCAAAUGCAGAUCUGGAUGUCAUCGACCGCGGAUUGGCAACAGCAACUAACGGAGACACCUCCAUGCAUUACGCCCUUGGCAUUGAGCCUGUUGAGAUACAGGUGACCUUCGUGGAGUGUCUUUUGAAGGGAGGCGCCUGUCCAGAUAUUCCCAAUGGAGCCAAUGGUGACACGCCACUGCACAUUGCCGCUAGGUUGGGAAAGCUGGCUAUCGUUGAGUUGCUUCUGGAAUUUGGAGCUGAUGCUGCGUUGAGAAACAACGUUGGCGAGACCCCCCUGGAUGCCGCUUGCACAUUCACGGAUGACAGCUCAAUGGGAUGUGCGGACGGAAAGAUCAUGGCCAUGCUUGAAGCAAAAAUGGGAGGCGAGGCGCAAGCUACCGCUGAAAUUGAUUGCGAGAACCCAGCGGAUUCUGAGGAAAAGCUGAAGUGCGCUCUCGAAGGCACGGGGGGUGGCAGCAACGGUACAGCGUCGGGGUGA